AUGUUGGAGCAGUUGAAGGCCAAGUCCACGCAGGCAGCGACGCUGGCGUUGGACACGGCAGGUUCGCUGAAGGACAAGGGGUCGGCGGCGCUGCAGGCGAAGGCGGGAGCACUCAAUCUCAAAGUGCCAACUGUAAUUAAGCCUUCGGGGUCAUCUUCGUCUCUGAGCACUAUAGACUCAGCCAAUGAGAGCGAUCUGGAAGCAGGCAAGUCCCCAUCGAACGCCAAUCAGGAAAAGGAGGGGCUGCUGAAUGAGUUGGGCCAGGAGUGCGGACUCACCAAGCGCCAGCGACUGUACGGCGCCAUCGGCUGCUACUUGUUCGGCUCACUCUGUGGCUUCCUCUCUACACUAAUGUUGUGGGGCGGUCCCAAACAUCUCAAGCAGUUUGCGUUCUUUUACACACUGGGAACACUCUGCAGCAUCGGCAGCUCGCUGUUUCUGAUUGGCCCUAUGAGGCAGCUCAAGGUCAUGUGUAUGCCCGUCCGACGCGUGGCUUGCUGCAUCUGGAUUGGCGCCAUGUGCACGACGCUUAUUAUUGCAUUUGGCUUUCCCAAGGCUGGGCCGCUCGUGCUGUUGCUCGUGAUUAUUCAGUACUCGGCGAUGCUUUGGUACGGCGCCUCGUUCAUCCCAUACGGCCGAGCAAUUUUAAGGAAGGGAUGCACCAAAGUGGCCAGCUACGCCACCAGCUAG